UCCAAUCUCUUAGGUUUCUUUUUUUGUCUUCAGUUUUAUUUGCUUUCUUUCACUCACCAAAAAUUCCAGAUCCUCUCCCCAAGUAUUUAUCAGAAUCAUGGGAAAUUGCUUCUCCAUACAAUUAAAUGUCGAGAAAAUCCUCAUCCGAGGCUGGGAUUCCACUGUUGGACAGGCUAAUUACGUGUGCAAGCUUAAACAAACUCUUCCUACUUUAUCUGCUGCUCUUGAUGAACUGAAGGCACGAAGGGAUGACGUGCAAUGGAAGGUUGAUCUGGAAGAACAACGGCAACUGAAGCGACUCCAUGAAGUUCAGCUAUGGCUUUCAAAAGCAGAAACUAUGAUAGCAGAGGCAGAAAAACUGAUUGAAGAUGGCCCUCAACAAAUAAAUAACUUGUGUCUCGGCGGCUGCGUUUCCAAGAAUUGCCUGUCUACCUACGAGUUUGGGAAAAAGGUGGCCAAAACGCUUCAAGACAUAAAGGAUCACACUGGUAAUGGGGUUUUUGAGAAGGUAGCAGAGACUCAACCCGCAGCUUCAGUUGUAGUAAGACCUGGGGAGCGGCCAAUUGCUAUUGAAUCCAAAAUGGACGAGGUAUGGAGCUUCAUCGUGGACAGAGAUGCGGGCAUCAUUGGCCUCUACGGCGUCGGAGGCGUCGGAAAGACAACACUCUUGACCCAAAUCAACAACAAGUUCAGCACCACACCGGAGGGUUUCGAUAUUGUAAUUUGGGCUUUGGUGUCUAAAGAUUACAAUGUUGGGAUGAUCCAAGAUAGCAUAGGUGGAAAAAUUGGUUUCUCCGAUGAAUCGUGGAAGAAUAGAAGCAUUGAGCAGAAAGCUGAGGAUAUUUUUGGGGUCUUGCGCAACAAAAAAUUCGUUGUAUUAUUGGAUGAUUUAUGGGAGAGGGUGGAUUUGAACAAAGUUGGGAUUCCAAAACCAAAUCAAGAAAAUGGUUCCAAACUUGUUUUCACUACUCGGUCAUUUGAGGUCUGUGGCGAAAUGGAAGCUCGACAAAAAAUUAAGGUGGGCUGUCUGAAAUUCGAGGACGCUUGGAAAUUGUUCCAAGACAAGGUUGGAGAUGAAACCCUCAAUAUCCAUGCAGAUAUUCCGAAACUAGCUCAACAAGUAGCCAAAGAGUGUUGUGGGCUGCCUCUUGCACUGAUUACAAUUGGACGUGCCAUGGCUUGCAAGACGACACCUGGGGAAUGGAAUUAUGCAAUCAAGAAGUUGAAGCGAUCGAUCUUACCCAAAAUGGAAAAUGAGGUAUAUCCGCUUUUAAAAUUCAGUUAUGAUUAUCUGCCUCCUACAAUGAAAUGUUGCCUCCUAUAUUGUUGUCUGUAUCCUGAAGAUUAUCAUAUUCCCAUAAAGACAUUGGUCGAGUAUUGGUUUUGUGAAGGGCUGUUUGAAUCAGAUAAAAUUAGUGAAACCCAUAUGGAAGGAGAUCACAUUAUCAACUCUCUUCUUAGGGCUUCUUUAUUAGAAAGAGUGGAAGAAUCAUCCGAUAGAAAAGAAUAUGUGAAGAUGCAUGAUGUGAUCCGUGACAUGGGUUUGUGGAUAGCAUGCGAGCUUGAAGAUAAAGAGAAGAGUUUCUUUGUAAAAGCAGGGGCUCAAUUACUAGAGGAGCCAGAUGUUAAGGCAUGGGAAGCUGCAAAAAGAAUGUCGGUGAUGAAAAAUCAGAUUAAAGUUCUGAGAGGAACCCCUAAAUGCCCUAGCCUUCGAACUUUGUUUCUUAGCCAAAAUAAGCUGCAGGUCAUCAAUGAUGGCUUCUUUCACUUUAUGCCUCAUCUAACUGUUUUGGAUUUGUCAUUUAACAUAGAUUUAAAAGCACUACCAAAGGGAAUUUCGCAAUUGAUUUCUCUAGAAUGUCUUGAUAUAUCCCGGACCGGUAUAAAAGAGUUGCCAAUGGAGUUGAAAUCUUUGACAAAACUGAAAAUGUUGGACUUGAGUAACAUGCAGCAUCUCAGAAGAAUUCCACAGAAUUUGAUAUCUAGUUUUUCCAAGUUGCAAAUAUUCAGGUUGGGGUAUCUGGCCACAGGAAGUUAUCCAGAGGAAGACAAUGUUCUGGAUUGGCGUAAUGAUUAUGAAAAGCUUAUAGAGGAAUUGAAAAGUCUGCAACAUCUGAAUAUACUAAGGAUACCACCAAUACAAAGUAUGUCUUCUCUGCAAAGAUUUCUAAGCCUUCGAUGCUGCACUGAAGCACUAACGUUGUGGUCUUUUUGGGAGACAAAUGUGUUCAAUGUUUUAUGUUUAGAAAACGUGGAAGGUCUAGAGAGAUUAGAUAUCAUGGGAUGUGAAAACAUGGAGGAAAUGAAAAUGGGAAUAGGAAGGCAGCAUAGAGGGGUUUCUGUUAUUACUGAUUAUACUUCACGCUUCCACACAUUGAGGGAAGUUAGAAUUUCUAGUUGUUACAAAUUGAAGGACGUUACCUGGUUGUUUCUUGCUCCAAAUCUAAGGUCUCUUUGGAUAACCAGGUGUGCAAAAAUGGAAGAAAUGCUGAGCGAGGGAAGACUUGGAGAAGUUGCAAAUGUUGUGGGAAUUCCGUACCCUACACCAUUUCUGAAGCUUGAAACUAUUUUUUUCAUCGAUCUACCAGAAUUGAAGAGCAUGUUCUGGGAUGCCCUACCCCUCCCAUGUCUGAAACGUAUUUGCAUAAAUGAUUGCCCAAAACUGAAGAAGCUUCCUCUCAACUCUGACAGCGCGAAAGGAAAUCACAUCACCAUUGAAGGAAGCCAAGAUUGGUGGGAACAGCUAGAAUGGGAGAAUGAAGCCACUCGAAAUGCUUUUAUGCCAUCUUUUCAGCCUGACAUACCUCUUCGUAGGAUUAUGGGGACCCUGAGGAAACUAAAAAACUUGGAGAUUUAAAUUCCAAUUUGCAUUUGUUUCAUUGGUUUAGUUGAGUUUUUCGC